AUGAAGUUUGCCAACGUUCUUGCUCUUACUGCUUUGACAGCUGUCUCCGCUGAGAAUGGACUCCGCUCUGAGCAACGCCGACUUGAUGAUGCGGCCCCCGAAGAGAAAGAUCUCACCGCUAUCACGGACUCCAUGUGCACUGCCUGUGAUAUCUGUGAUGCUUUAGAUACUUUCGAUUUGUGUGACAUCAAUGAAAUACAGAACCUAGCAUGCGCAAACUGCGAUUCUUUUGGCGUUGAUGGCUUGUGCCUAGCAUGCACUUUCUGCGAUGCAGCAGGGGAUCUCUGUGAUCUUAAUACUGUGACAUCCCUCGGCUGCGGACUCUGCCCUGACGACGGCGGUGAUGGUGGCGAUGGCGGUGAUGUUUCUGGGGCCUUCUGUGACACCAAGUACUACUUGAGUGAUGGCAUGCCCUUCUAUGCUCACUAUGGACUGGAACUCUUGCACUUCCUCAUGAAGAGCAAUGUUGUGGUUCGUACCUUGGGAAUGUCCACCAUUUUCUUCUUGACCGGCACUAGUCAAGUCUUGGAAAACCUAUUUGGUGCCUCCAUGGCUCCCUUGUUGGUGUUCCUUGCCAUUUCAGGCUACAUUUCUCAUACCAAUAGCAAAAAGAGCAAAGCCAAGGCAUUGUGA